AUGCGCCAUCAUCACCUGCUAUUCUCAACGAUCACCACCGUCAUGUCUCCUUCUUCUUCUUCCUCCUCCACCUCCACCUCCAACUCCGCCGCUGGCGGCGGCGUAAUCCAUUCAAAACCCCUAAAAAAACCCAGUAAUUCAAGCUCCUUCAAUCCCCAUACUUGCCCGGUGGCCAACUCCCUCUGCAAACACCCGCCGUCCGCCACCCUUGACCUCCUCAUACUCAUCCUCGUCCUCUUCGCCGGAACUUUCCUAGUCUUGUCCUACUUUUCCUACAUAUCCCAAACCAUGUCUCUCCUCCUCCCUUCAUUCUCCUUCUCCUUAGUUCUUUCCCUUGUCUAUACUCAUAUCCAAUCCCAGCCCAUUUUCUAUACAUCCUUGGUUCUUUCCCUUCUGUCUGUGCUGGUUUUUUUUGAGAUCUGUUGCGGGCCCAGAUCAAGAAAGUGCGGGAAAAUUAAUUGUAAAGGGUUGAAGAAGGCGAUGGAGUUUGAUUUGCAGUUGCAGGGGGAGGAUUGUUUGAAAUCGGGGAAAGGUAAUAAUAAUAAUAAGGCUGUCAAGGAGAUUGAUGAGUUGCCGUGGAAAGGUGGGACUGAGUUUAACCCGGAUUACGAAUGCUUGAGGGCCGAAUUGAGGAAAAUGGCGCCGCCUAAUGGACGGGCGGUGUUGCUUUUCAGGGCUAAGUGUGGAUGUCCGAUUGCUAAAUUGGAAGGCUGGGGCCCUAAACGUGGCCGCCGGCCUAAGAAGAGCCUGGCUCUUUACGGUGCUGGAGACCAUCGCUGA